AUGGCUAAAAGUAGCAAGACGCCGGAUGCAAAGGAGCAACAUGGCAACAAGGGUACGCGGUCUGGCCUAGCAGUCGGCUCCAAGAGCGAGGUUUUCCAUCACAUUCAUCUUCCGAGAGUCAACAAAGAGGAGCUCGAUAACAAGUCCAAGAACUCGGAAAUAAGCAAAGAGAGGAGGGCUUUACAUGGUCCGAGGGCCUUUCCGGGAUCGCCUUCAACCAUCAAAGAGAGCUGGACUCUCAGCGCUGUCACCAAGCCUGUGUCAAGAGACAACGAGAGAAGACCUGCGCACCUCUCGUCCUCCAGGAAGUCGAUAAACAUACAAAUCGAAAGGUCCAGGAAGCAACUGGAGAGCAGUUCUUCCACCGGCUCCAAGAUGCAAUACCUCUCCUGCCGAUGUCCUAUAAGCCGAUCCUCACCGGUCGACACCCGCUGCACCGCCCGUUGCCGCCAAUCCCAGACGAAAACGGUUCCAAGCCAGAUACGGACGACCAACCACCUCCGGUCCCACCGCACGUUGUGCUCCAUCGAAGGAAAGCCAUCACUUUGCACGCGUACGAUGAAUUGGACUCACCAACCGAACGAUGCACAUCGGCCACGGAGGCUCCGGCAGGCACCUAUCUCGGCCGAGAAACAUUGUAUUCCGGCUGGUAACCUGCGAGAUGUGAUACUGUUUGUAGCUCAGUCACGGAUCAAUACCCGGCAUCCUAACAAAUGGCCCGGCCUGGUUUUGAACGUUGCCGCAUGUCGUGAGGGUGAUGGAGGCGAGAGUGGGAGUGUGGCAGCGCUUCGACCGGGUUUGUGA